AUGCUCUGGAGCGAUGGUUGUCAUACAGUUCUUCCUACUCACAGUAGGUUUCUAGGCCUCUCCUACUCCCUGCUGUAUCUCACCGUGUUCUCGCCUCACGGUGCCUUCCUGACCGCACACCUGGCGCAGCGGCACGUGCCCAGCUAUCAACUCUCACUGUUGAGGGGCGCGGGGGCCCUCCUUGGAGUGACCGGAGUCCUUAUGCACCCUCCGGCGCAAGAGCUGCUGGGCGCUCGCGUGGCCGAUGCCGUCUUCGUGCUGUGGCUCGCCGGCUGGACGGUGAUGGCGCUGGACGCCUUCCACCGGGUGCCACGGGCCGAACGGCGAAGUGCAUUCGGUUUGAACACGUGGACGAGCUUAGCGCCGGAGAACAGCAGACUCAGUGCAUCGACCGAGUGCCUCGCGCGGCCGGGUCUCUAUGGCUUCGAGCUGGGCGUGCUGAACACCGAGCAGGACUUCUCUGAUGCUCGACAUCGAUCUGCCAUAGGUGCCGUGGAUUCGGCGCUCACAUCCUUCGCCACCUUGGCGAUGUACGGCUCCGGGCUGGUGCUCACGCGCCCCGAUCAGUUCGUGGUGCUGGUCGACGGCUCCACCCUCUUCGUCUCCCUGGGUGCGGGUGUGGCUGCUUUUGUACCAUUCGCACAAGCACAGGCCGUGGUUGAUGCUCGUGGGUUGGUUGUGGAUCUGCUGAAGCAGGGCUCUGUAGUGCCACCCCGAUGUAUGGAGGAGAUGUUCGACCUCACGGAAGUCUUGCGGAGGAAAGCUAGCCUCGCUUUCAAGCCGUUGUCCGGUGGCCGUGCGGCCAUCCAGAGCGCUUGGACGUCGCAGCGGUGGCGUCGCAGCGAGUCGUCCACGGAUGGCCUCAUGGCGCUCCUCAGGCUCAUGCUCUUGGGCCAGGUCCUUGGCCAGCAGAGUACCGACCCCGAGGAGGCCUUUGGCCGACGCGCUUGCAAGUUCCGCCCACUGCCCACCAGCCUGGCCGACGGCUACACCACGGCCGAGGGCUACCGGGUGGCGGAGACCUUCGGCGUGCCGCUGGCGGUGCUCCUGGGCGCUGGGCAUCGCCUCGCAGCGCCGGCGGCGGACUUCGCCGCGGGCGGCGCGGGCGGCGCGCUGGGCUUCGCGGUGCAGCUGGGCUUCCAGGCACCGGUGCAACUGCUGGUGGAGGCCACCUUUGGCCCAAGAACGCUGAAAUGCACUCACACCUGGGGUGCCGGUGGACACAUGAAGCAGUGCAGCCUCUCCAGGACGCCGCAAGCUCCAGUAGCUCGAGCCCUUGGGCCCUUGAGCGCAUUGCCCCUCGUCCAACGUCCAACGUCCGCCAUGGGUCAAGGCACGUCGUCCUCGCCGGACGUGCCGCUCGAGGUGCGCGGCUUGGAUGGGCGAAGCGAGGUCGUGCGGCUGCCGCAAUGCAAGGGUCUCAGCGGGCUGCAGCUGCAGCAGAUGAUUUCUGGCCAACUGGGCCUGGCGAAGGCUGGCUGUCGAGUGCUGGUACUCCACGGAUCUGAAGUGAUUUCCAAGCAGAAGGAGCGACAGCUGCCAGUCAUUCGGGAGCUCUGCGACUUGACGGAGGUGUCGUAUCUCUAUGAACCCACCAGUUUACAGGACGCCUGGCGAGCUCUAUCGUUCUCCUGGACAGCUUCCCGUUUUCGAGCGGACGAGAAGUGCUUUGCCUUGGAGGGACUCACUCGCUUAGAGGGGAUUUCGGGGCUCAGUCAGCUGAAGGGACUGCCGCUCAGUCUCGAGAGCCUGGGCUUUGAUAAGUAUUUCAACCAGACGUUGGAGCGAGCGGCUUUGCCCAAGAAUCUCCAGACUCUGACCUUUGGCUUCUACUUUAAUCAAAGCCUGGAGAAGGUGAGCUGGCCCGAGAAGCUGCAAGUCUUGACUUUGGGAGAUGAAUUCAAUCAACCCUUGGAGAUGGUGAAGUGGCCGAAGAGUCUUAAGACUUUGACCUUUGGCAAGCAGUUCAACAAGAGCUUGGAGCGUGUGGUGCUACCGAGCACCCUGGAAGAGCUGAAGUUUGGCAGGGAUUUUAAUCAGAGACUCGACAACGUGAGACUGCCUGAGAGUUUGCAAAGCCUGACGUUUGGCUUUAGCUUCGACCAAGCUUUAACCGAAGUGAGCUUUCCCCAGGGCCUAGUGAGUCUGACCUUUGGCUUCUGGAACCAGACAAUGGAUCAGAUGAUUUGGCCUACAAGUCUCCAAAGCCUCACAUUCGAAGCUGCUUGUGAUCAGGAGAGCCAAGCUUUGCUUGCACGAGUUACGCGUGGUUAUCGUUUCAACCAGACUUUGGAGCAGGUGACAUGGCCGAUGAGCCUCCAUUGCCUGACCUUGCGCUUUGAUUUUAAUGAGAGAUUGCAAGGAGCAGCUUUGCCUGAGCAUCUCCAGAAAUUGAUGUUCGGCAGUGAUUUCAACCAAUCUUUACAAGGGCUCACUUUCCCAAUGACCUUGAGAAGCCUGACAUUUGGCCAUCAUUUCAAUCAGCCCCUCGAGGAAGUGAAUUGGCCAGAUCACCUAACCUAUUUGAGCUUUGGUGAAGAGUUCAACCAACCUUUGGAUCAAGUUGCUUGGCCUCAUGGCCUCGAAAGUCUCUUUCUGGGCAACUCCUUCAAUCAACCUUUGGACCAAGUGGUUUGGCCCAGACGUCUCCGGAGCCUCUCCUUUGGUGCGAAGUUCAACCGGCAGUUGCAAGAGAUUCCUUGGCCCAGCCUCGAGAGGUUGUGCCUUGGAAGAGAGUUCAAUCAGACGCUCCAGGGCCUCUCUUGGGACAACCUCCGCAGUUUGACGUUGAGCCAUCCUUUCGAGGAGGGCUUGGAGCAGGUCUCUUUGCCUGACAGCCUGGAGUCUUUAACCUUUGGCGAAGAUUUCACACAGAAGAUGGAGCAAGUGCUUUGGCCCAAUGGCCUUCAAAGUCUCAGCUUUGCCCAUGGCUCCUCGAAAGUAGAACCAAUGACUCUGCCAGGAAGCCUGAAACGCUUCCAGUUCGGCCGGCUCCUCAUGAGUGCAGAAAGUCAGGAGAAAAAGCAGCCCGGAAAGGAUGCACGGAUGUCCACCGUGGUGCAACCAACGAUCCAGCUUCCUGGCGCCCUCACCUUGACCUUCCGCGCGGCCGGCUCGCCGGACACUGCGGGCGGAAGCGCGGGACACUGUGUGGCACUGCGGCUGGACUUGGAGAUCAGCUCACAGCAGGCCAGCGACGCAGCGCGCCGCUGCUUCGCCGCGCCGCUGCCGGCCGCGGCGCCGCCGCUGCUCACGGUGUCCGGGAGCGGGGUCGACCGGUCAGUGGUCCAAAGGCCCCCCAACGGCAUCAUCUGGAAAGCGGCCCUGCCGGCAGCAGCACCCCACACCUUCAACCGGCCCAUGGAGGAGCAUGUCAAGAAAGAACCUACCGCGGAGUUGAAGCAGCUUGCUUGGAUGCAGCUGGGCUAUGAGACUGGAGUUCUUGUUCUCCUUGGCAAGCACUACCUGGAUGCUCAGGACAGAGCAUGGGUCAGUCUCGACGCCUUUUUGCCUACCAUCAGCUACACAACCGGGACUUCCCCGACUACGUCCAAGAAUGGGAACGCUCGUGAAGCUGAGCAAUAUGGCAGCCGUGGAGUGUCAGAGCCUGGAAAGCAUGAGUUGCAACCUUGGGUGGCCAUUGGAGAGGAGCCACAGUGUUUGAGGCGCUGCUUUACUGGAACAGCUUCGGCAUACGGACAGGUGGUACAGCGCUUGUUGCCUCCGGCCAUGCCUUUCGCCAUUUGGAUCCUGGCCGACGUCGAGUUCUUAGGGCCUCCGGCCUGGCUCUGCGAGGGCGGCGCUUGGCCCAGACGGCUGGAUGCCUGGCGAGUUGGCCAAAGGGUCCGAAGCACUGCGUGCGACGUGGUUGAGGGGCUGGGAGGGAUUUUGGAAUCUGCAGAUUGGAGGGUCCAACGUUUAGGUGAGGCUACAUGUUUGGAUGGUUUUGGGAUUUUGGCGGGCAAGACCAUGUUGGGUGUGCAUCCGCCUGAGCAGCGCAACCAGGGAAGCCAAGUUGUAGAUCCAGGGGAGCUCCAGGUGCUGCGCCAACGCCGCUUCGCGCUGCGCGACCUCUUCGACCUCACCCGCCCGCCGGAGCGCGGCGAGGGGGAGUCCGCCGCCGCGGCCGGUUCGUUGGGCGGGUUGCACGCACUGGAAAUCCAGGUGACUGAACCUUCCAUUUUUCGCCUCACCACACAUGCGCCCACAGUGCCUGCGCGGCCGAUGCUGGUGCCUGGUCAUCGCGAGGAGGCGUGGUUGGCGCUGGCAAAGCCCCAGGAGUUCCCCACGCGACGCAUCCCCGCCGCAGGUCGGGAGUUUCGGCAUAGCAUCAGCGUGGAGUUGGCGCCGGGGGACUACACCUUGCUCUUUGUCUUGGAGAUGCCCACAGGUGAGUUCUUCAAGCUGCUUCUCUUCCAGGGGGCUGGUGGUAGCUGUGGCUCUGAUGCUGGCAACGGAAUUCUGGACUUGCAGGCAAUGGCUGAGCCGGUGCCACUGAGCGCUUGGCGUCCGCAACCCAUGAGCUUUAUGAUCACACUGCCGCGGCCACCGGGCACCUUCGAAGAGGGCGCGGGUGAUGCGCAGGGCCUUCAGAUCAUCGCACGGUCCUCCAUGAAUUUGGGCGUGGCCGCCGAGGGCAAUGCGCCACCCGUGGUGCUUCAUGCCAAGGUCACUUCACCCUUCUCCGCAGCGGACCUUCAGGUGACAUUCUACGAGAACGGGCAGCCGUUAGGAGAGCCACAGCCACUUCCCGAUGGCCGCCCGGCUGAGAUGCAAUGCAAUGGCUAUACCGCCAUGGCUGGCCCGGCGAAGAAAGAGAGCUUCUACGAGGCGGGAACUUCCUCCGGUGCCGAGGACUCGCGGUGCGAAGGACCCGCGGCGCGAAGUCCGGGCGAUGUCAUGUGGUUCCAGAGGAUUCUGGUCCUAUCGAAUAGGACCACGUGCGUGGAGUUCAACGUGGAGUUGGCUGCCUUGAGUUUGACGCCGCCCACAGUGCAGGGGCAAUUCAUCGCUCCUUUGCCAGGCAGUCUUGACCUCCGGUUGGGAUGA